GGGGCUCGCACGGCGCCCGGGCGGGGCGGGCGGACGGGCUGCCCGCCGCCCUCCGGGGAAAUAAAAGGCCGCGGCCGGAGCCCGCCCGCGUCUUUCUGCGCCGCCGGCACCAUGACGGCCAUUGGGGCGCAGGCGCAGAGGCUGCUGGUGCACCGAAGACCACAGAAAUCCUUCUUUGAGACGCUCAUCAGGAGCCUGAUCAUCUUGUGCGUGGCAAUAGCAGUGGUCUUGUCAUCCAUCUCUGUCUGCGAUGGCCGCUGGCUCUUUGCAAGGGGGCAGCUCUUUGGACUGUGGCACUUCUGCACCGUUAGCAAUGGCACUGUCCUGAAGUGUGUCACUGACCUCAGCCUGGCCAAUGUGGAGGGGUUGAGUGUGGGGAUGAUUCCCAUAAGAAGCAUGGUUGCCUUUGCUGUUGUGGUUGCCAUCUUUGGCCUGGAGCUCCUGAUGGUGUCCCAAGUCUGCGAGGAUGCUAAUGCAAGGCGGAAGUGGUCAAUGGGCUCAGUUCUCAUCCUCUGCUCCUUUUUGCUGUCGGCCACUGGAGUUUUGAGCUUCUCCAUCCUUGUGAAGGAUCACCUCACCUUCACGGGUUUUGCGCUGACAUACUGGUGUGAGUUCGUUGCUGCCUUUCUCUUCUUCCUUAAUGGGAUCAGUGGACUUCACAUCAACAGCCUCACACACCCCAGGAACAGGGUAGGCAAAAUCUAGGUGCAAAGCGUGUACAGAAAGGCCUUUGUGUAAUCAGCUUUGCCAAUUAGACUGGAAAAAAAGGGAGUCUAAUGAAGUUUGAAAAGUACACCGUGUCUUAAAUUGUGUUCAAGGAGGGGAAGCAUGAGUCAGUCCUGGUGCCUGUAGAAGACAUACCCACCCACUGGCCAGCGUGGAGGGUGGCCCAACGUGAGCAAAGCACGGACUGAGACUGGCUGUUGCUGAAGUGUGGGGUUUUUUGAAGGAGCGGCUUCAGGAAGAUGGUGUCCCAUUAAAUGUGCAAAGGGCUGGCAGACUACAACCUACUCAUGUGGGCUCAGUUCUGAGGUUUAUACAAAGCUUGUAUUACUGGAGGUUUGGUGUUGCUGGGCUUUUUCCCCUACUCUGGCGCCUGUGAAGAAUGUAACACAACUUUAAUGUGUCUCAUGGCUUUGCUCUGUCUCAGGGACAGAUGAUUUGUCCCUGACUGUGCUCACUGGCAUGGAGUAUAGAAAAUCUUCACUGGAUCUUUCCUCCAUUUCCCUUUCAAAAGAGAAGGCACACAGAUCUUGAUCUGGUCACCAGUGUUGUUUUCUUUUGGCAUGUUCCCUGUAUCUGUCCUUUCCCGUGAGAGAGGUGCAGGGAGAUGUAGCUGCCUGUAUAUCACAUGCCAAUAAGUCACCCAAACUGACUCCCUCACAGCCCCUGCAAAGUUUACAGUCUUGGGGCAUUGCUCUUCCUGGUUUUCUUUUUACCCCUUUUGUGCAAGCAGGACAAGGUCUGCAGGGGCUUUAAGUUGGGCAUCGUGGCUGGGCAGACCAUGCUGAGACCACUGCACCUUCUGCGGUAUGUUUUGGUUCUCAGAGUGUCCUGCUGGGGCAAUGGGAAAUCAACUCAUCUUAUAGUUGAGAGUUUCCUGUAGCAUUUCCUCUGGGAGGAUAAAGCUCUAGAUCUUCCUGACCAGACUAAGUCCUUUUCUUCCCUGAUUAACAGUGGGCCUGGGAUGAGAAGCCCAAGAUUGCCCAAGGAGGGUCUGAUGGAAGCAGCUGUAAUCUGUCACAGCUGGUGGAAAUCCAAAGAUACUGAGACAAAAUUAUAUUAAGGCUGGUCUUCCUCCUGCCAGUGCCGGAGUCAAGAUCUCUACAAUUGCUGCAGCUUUGAAGGUCCCCAAGGUGUCUGAUGGAAAAUAAGAAAAGACCUCAGAGGUUGGGUUGCCCCACAUGUAUCCUCCCUGCCCUAUAUACAGCACUCCAUUGACCACAGAUUAAAGUGUCUUCGGAGUAUUUCAGGGUCUCGGGUUAAAUGUUUGGUUUCUAUCCUCUGGUAAGACUGCUUGUAUUUUUCUGUGAGGACAAAUGUUUCUAUGUGUUGAACAAGGUUUUCAUUUCCUGCGCAGCAAGUUUGACAGAGUUUUUUACCUGAAACAAAAGCAUCAUAGCACAAGGGCUGGGAAGGUUGUGUAGGUGAGCUGUGAGUAAACAGCUUUGUCUUUGAAAGUGAAGAAUCCUAAGUCCUGCCUGAGCAUACAUCCACACCUGCUGAACGUGCUCCUGUGGACUCACCUUCAUGAGGACAGUUUCCAUUCCUUCUCAGAUUUCCGUAACUUUUCCAGACAAUGCUCCUAAGGCUGUUUCACAAUGCAGUUUCAGACCGGGCUUGCUCUGGACAGUGCCAAUUGUGCUUUUGCAUGUGCAUUGGCCAUCUUUCUGGGGAGAUAAUGCACAAAGCUGUGCAAGCCAGCCAGCUCCCUGAAGCUUUUCCAUGUUUGAGGCUCUGUCAUGGUUUCUUGACCCUCUCAAGGACAAGGACUUGUGCCUUUAACCUGUUUCUGGAAAACCACACUGUGAUUCUGUUUCUGUGAAGGUGCUUUUGAUUUGCCAGAUUGCACUGUUGAGGACAUGCUAGUGGGCUGAACUUGCAAAUGCUUGUGUGAACAGUGCUGUUGGCUUUAGCAGAGCCACUUAAUCCAGAGAGAUUCUGCAAGGUCCAGUCUCAAGCUGUUUCACUUCGGUGUUACCAAGUGGUAAAGUGCCUUAACUAACCAAUAAAUCAGUUGUGGUGCUUAGGGAUACCCAUGCCAGGCAGGACAGUUCCCCUCUGUGAGGUCAAGAGUGUCCAUGGCUUGUCUAGAAACAUGGAUGUAAUUUUGCAGUGCCUUCUUGGUGACAUUCAGAACGGGAAAUAAUUUCUCUGUGCGUGUUCCCCUUUUAGCUAGUGGGCAACAGUGCCAGACUGAGCCCCAGCCUGGCGCUUCCCACUCGGGUUAGAGGGAGGCAGCAGAUAAUUGGCCAUUGAGUUCACCCAAGACUUGGUGGAAAUAUGAAUGAUUUUAGGAUGUCCUCUGCUAGCUGAAGAGGCCUUUUGUUGGGGGUAGGGAAUCCUCUAUGGAAAAUAAAGUAAUUCCUUUUUCCAACUGGCUUUGUGUAGUACUACUUGACUUAAUGAUGCUAGGAGAAGAUGCAUUUUGAUGGCUAAAUACUACAAAACAAGGUUGAUUGUCUUGGAGACAUCCUUAUAUAGAGCAACUUGUGCAGCAAUGGGUAACGGCUCAUUUUCUGAAGCCUGUGGAAGCAACAAGCAAUAUUCCUGAAGUUUGUUAAAUAAAUUUCUUUGAAA